AUGAACGAGCACGAAAUAAAUGAACUGGAGGAAAUUAGAAAUGCCAUUUCUAGAAAGAAUGAAAAAGGGGGGCAUUACUACACAUCUGUCAUUAACACCUUUUUAUUAGUAGCCCAUUUUGUUCUGUAUGCCUCUAUCGUCUUUGUGCAUUUCUCAUACCGGAACGAUGAUUUUUCGAACUGCUUCAACAAGGCCUUUUCCUCUGUUAUUAGGAAGGGGUAUUUUAAUAUUGACGACAUAGAAAUUCUCCAGAGGGUUCUCUCUGGCAUGACACGGGUGUGCAACUAUGGCCGAAUUGCUUUUUUGAAAUAUGAGUUGGAGGGGGGAUCUAACUUCGUCUUGUCCUUCUAUAACGCGAGUGCCAAUACAUAUGUAGACUACUCAGUUGAGAUUCACAAGCUCUUCCAUUCGAUGAUUUUCAAAACGCAAUCGAGCAUAAGCAUUGGUCACGCGUACCACUGGUACGAGUGGUUGCUGUUUCUCUUCCUUAACAUGAGCGCCUUGGCUGUGGUAUAUCGUCAGUGCAUUUCUAGGGGAAAACAAUUGAAUGUGCUAUACAUUUGCCUAGUUGCCCUCAUCGAUCUCAGCAUCAUCUACGAGCAAUUUAUAGACACGGUUGAGAAUUACUCUGUGCACGAAAAAGGCGUCGAUCUAUUAUUUUGCUUCUACUACCUUUUCCUCAUUUUGAGCAUCCUGAAAAAAUUAUCAAAUUACUGGAAGGUUCUUUUCAUCCCGGUGCAAAUAAUUCGGACAACUGUUGCGCACAACUACAUGCUCCUCCUUUUUCUCCUAACUUUUUUCCUGUUGACACUCAUUAAUUAUUUUUCGAGCGGCGAGCAGCUCAAGGCCUAUUUCAGUUCUGUGUUCACCUUCCAAGACGACUCAAAAUACAAGAACGAAUUUGUAUAUAACUUUUUUGUUGUAAUAAUUUAUAGUUUUUUUUUUAUUCCCAUGAUUACAGUUGCUUCUACUGCAACUGCUUUUCUGUUGAUAAACAAUAACGAGGAUCUGUUCGAUUGGAAACCUCGAAGUAGCCAUCUAUGGGGCAAACUAAGAGAAUACUUUUUUUUCCUGAGGAGGACAAAUGAAAGAGGCACAACCGGACGAAAAAAAGAAAUGACCUACGAAGAAUACGAAGAGAAGAAAAUUAAAAUAGACAUCCUAAAGAUUGGGAGUGUGAUUCUUUUUUUUCUUUUUUUUAUAUUUUUUGUGCUGAAAAUAUUUUUUGAUCAGAAUACGCUGAGUCACCUUGACGCGCAUUACAGGCAUCAGUUGGGAGAGCCCUUCGUUACCAAGGGGGGAGAGGAAAAAUCGUUCGACACACUGACACAGACAUCCGAGUACCUGCAGUUCCUCAGCGCCGUUGUGGUAAAUAACAUAAUGAGAAAUAAAAAAAAUCUGGACAAUAAUAAUUUGUUCAAAUUGGAAGCGGUCUUCGAGGGACAGAACAUCUUUGUGUAUGAAGACGACUUCCACAUUUUCCCCUAUGACGUGUUGGUGAAGCUCGGCGAUGGGAAGGCAGUGUCGGACGAAAUAGCCGUGGAGAAUCCCCUCCUUUCAGACGAGCCCGCCGCAGACGCGCACGAACUGCGCCAGUACGAAGACACUCUUGACAACAGAAAGGAAGCCAUAAAACACUACGAUGCGUAUGCCCUACUGUACAACUUUGAGCACAACUUGUUUAUUCUAUUAAAUGCGUCCUUCAAUAUGCAGAGCAACGGCCAGUUCAGACAAACCAAAGACAUCUUCAUACAUGAGAUGAACGAAUUUAAAAACCCACAAUACAGAACUAAACUGAUCAUUUUAAUAUUCCUCUUACUCGUAACGGUGGGUUAUUUCCUACUAGUAAUGUACAUGUUGUACUACGUGCGGAAUCGAUUUUUUCUAUGGUUCUUUAGCUUCUUUUUUGUCAUUUGUUUGUGCUUCUUUUCAUUCAAUUUUAUGACACUGACAUCUGUGAAGCAUUCGUAUCACUAUGUUGAAAAUAUAAAGAACAGGAACGUUGCAGACACGUUUAAUUUGGACAAGUUAGUUAACUUCAAGUCACUGCUGCAUGAUCUGUUUCGGAUAAAAAUGUGCAAAUUUUACGGGAACUGGUUUUGUCACAUUAUUCUUGUUACAAUCGUGUUGAAGAUUUAUUGCUUCUUCUUUGUUAACUAUUUUGUUUCAUUUAUCAAGUACAAGUUUCACUUCCUCUUCGUGACAGCGUCGGUGUUCAUCUCCGUCUGUUUGACGUCCCUCUUGAGCUCCUACACCUACCUGAACACGAGCAUAGGCCUACAGAAAUGGAUGAUGUUGUUUUACCACGUCCAGACGAGCGAAAAGUACUUUGUCUAUGAGGUGGUAAGUAGUUUUAUUUUCUUUUUCUUCCUCUUCUACAUCACGUCAAUAUACUUGUACAUUUUUUUAAAAAAAAAUGAAAACACAGUAACAGUUAAGCUCAAGGAAGAUCAGGAGAAUUCACUUCCCUUUGACGACCUAGUCAUUCACCAUCUACUCCUUGACGACGAUGACAUUUUGCUUCACUUCAAGGCCAUCCUCUACACUAUAGAUAAAACCUUCGAAAAGGUUAGAAUAUUAUGGGAGAGGAAGCAAAUAGGGCAAUUACUAAAUGAGCAGAUUCACUGGUAUAAUCAGUACUGCUACCAAGAAGCUUUGCAGGGAAAUUUGAUAAAUUGGUAUGGCCCUAAUGGAUAUGUGCCUCAGGAAGGGGGUGCGCUUGUCCAGAUGCCUGAACGUAGUGGUUGGUGUCAGGGCGGGGAAGCAGCCCAAGUUGGUAAUAUUGGCGUGGUGAAUAGGGAAAUGGGGAGUGAUCAGGUUGGGGAUCCCCUUUCCAGUUUUACCGAACCACUCAAAGAGAAUGGUGAGUCAGAAAGGAAUUGCGAAAAGAUGAGCAGACAAAAGUUGGAAGGUGAAGAAGGAGUAGAUGCCUCAAGAGAUGAAUCAAAUCUGCAGGAAGAGGAGGAACUGGACGCGGUGGUCACGAGUUCACAAAACUACAGUGAGUUCCAGAUGGUCCAGAAAACGCAGAACCUUCAUUUGUUUUUUACGAAACUCCUAAAUGGGAAGUAUGAUUUUGCUUUUUUGUAUGAUGAGGCAGGUGAAAAUGCAGUAGGUGGGAAUGGCCACGGGGGCGAAGGCAAAAAGCGUUUGUUUAACUUCCUUAAAAAAGGUGUUUACGACAAGACGGCAGUCGGGAGGAGGAAUAAAAAGAAGGAACAAAAAAAAAUCAAACUGAAACAUAUGCUAGCCGAUUUGGUUAAGGAUUUGGCUAGUAUCGAAAAAAUAAAAGUGUUAUUCACCUAUAUCCUAUUCUUGAAAAUUAAGCGACACAUCCUGAUGAGGAACAUACGCCAAGUAAACAAACUCACAGCAGAAUUGAAAACCGAGUACCAAAACAGAGUCAUCUACAAGAAACACCUAAUCAGUUUACAGCAGAAGAUGGCCAAUGAGAUCGAUGAGAUGGAACAGGAUAUAUUGAUACGGAACAAGCUAAAGGGCACCCUCAUCCGUGUGAUAGAGGAUGGAACGUUCUACCAGAAGGAUGAGAAUGUCGAGAAGGAGAUUAAUAACCCCACGGAGUCGGCACCACAAUCUGGCCCCGGCGCAUUGGAAGAAUCGAUAUUCCCGAAGGAGCAACAAAAAUGA